AUGAUUGGCGCCAUGCACGUCAAAAUCACCGCAUACCACCCUCAAUCGAACGGCAUGGUCAAGCGCCUCCACCGGACUCUCAAGGCCGCGCUCAAGUGCUCCACCCUGCCUUGGGUUGAUGCGCUGCCUUCGGUACUUCUUGGCUUAAGGCCCACUUACAAAGAAGACCUAAAGGCCUCCCCAGCAGAGAUGGUCUACGGCAGCUCACUCCGGGUCCUAGGAGAAUUUUUUACGACGACUACUUCCAAGGCGGACUGCUCAACGUUCGUAAAAGGUUUACGACAACUUUUCAAGCCCCUCAAAGCAGUACCAGCAGCACACCAUUCGCCCGCACGACCUUUUGUUUUCAAGAAUUUUGACAAAUACUCCCACGUUUUCAAACGAGAUGACAAAAUUAAGAAACCACUGGAGCAGCCGUAUACAGGCCCCCAUCGUGUCAUCAACCGCAACAAUUCAAGAACGUUCACAAUUGAAGUCGAUGGGGAAGCCAAAGUCGUUUCUACAGAUCAAUUGAAACCAGCCCACUUAGAGCUGGCAGAGCCGCCCUGUACUGCCAAAGACACUCUACCUCACUCGGUCUCAUCCGAUCCCAUGGACCCGCCGCCCGUGCCUUCAGGCAACCCAAAACAUCCAGGGCGAUCCGUAUCGUUCGCAGACUCCUGCUGCUGA